AGAGGGGUUGUUCUUUCUCUUCCAUGAAAAAGAGGCGGGGUUUGAGUUUGGGAAAAUUUAGAGAACAGCGUAACAGCAAGUCUUGAGGGAGAAAUCUGCUAAAUGAAACUCGAUUUUAGACAUGGAAAUCGCCUUUUAAGUGUGAUGUUGGGAAGUCUAAUCCAUGCCUUCAUCCAGCACUGAGAAGCGUCUGUAGCCUCACUCACACGUCUGCCCGCCGGAGGAAGGCUGAAACUUUUGAAGGCGCUGCGUCUGGUCGCGCGGAUCCAGUGUGAGUGAACGGUGGGAUGAAACUCUUCUCUUUGGCUUCAUUUCCUCGCGUGUUGUCACGGACAUAUUCAACAUAGGAGCCACCGGCAGCUUCAACUAAUAAUGCGGCGUGAUUGAUCAUCGGUAGGAGACAAUACCCAUCCACUGCUUUCCAUUCCUACAUAUUCACUGGAUAUCUGUAGACGAAGUGCGGGCGAAGAGGCUUUUGUUCUGCGGCGUUUCUCGCUGUGACAGGACUUGUUUCGUUUAGAGCAAUAUGACGUCUCCGGCUAAAUUCCGAAAGGACAAGGAGAUUAUUUCCGAAUAUGAAACGCAAGUUAAAGAGAUCCGAGCCCAGUUGGUGGAGCAGCUUAAGUGUUUGGACCAGCAAUGUGAGCUCCGCGUGCAGCUCCUGCAAGACCUGCAGGACUUCUUCCGCAAGAAGGCAGAGAUCGAGAUGGACUACUCCCGCAACCUAGAGAAACUUGCCGAGAGGUUCCUGGCCAAGACACGCUACACAAAGGACCCUCAAUUCAAGAAAGAGCAAAAUGUCCUGUCUCCAGUCAACUGCUGGAACCUUCUCUUGGCUCAGGUGAAGAGAGAGAGUCGAGACCACGCCACUCUCAGCGAUCUCUACCUCAACAACAUCAUCCCACGCUUCGCCCAGGUCAGCGAGGACUCAGGACGCCUCUUCAAAAAGAGUAAAGAAGUGGGCCUCCAGCUGCACGAGGAUUUGAUGAAGGUCCUCAAUGAGUUGUAUACGCGGCAAGCAAAAUACACUCAGAACAAGCUGAAAGCCAACAAGGCCAGGAAUGAGUACCUUCUGGCUCUGGAGGCCACCAACAACUGUGUCUUCAAAUACUACAUCCAUGAUCUGUCUGACCUCAUAGAUUGCUGUGACCUGGGCUACCAUGCCAGCCUGAACCGUGCACUGCGUACCUACCUCUCGGCCGAGUUUAACGUGGAGACUUCCAAGCACAGUGGUUUAGAGACCAUUGAGAACGCUGCAGAGAACUUGGAGGCCAACGCAGACAAGCAAAGGCUCAUGGAGACCUACAACAACGUCUUCUGCCCUCCAAUGCGCUUCGACUUCCAGUCUCACAUGGGUGAUAUGGUGGGACAUUUGUGUGCCCAGCAGCCCGUGCAGGGAGAGCUGAUCCAGAGAUGCCAGCAGCUACAGUCCCGCCUGUCCACACUGACAAUAGAGAAUGAAGAGGUAAAGAAGACGAUGGAGGCCACUCUACAGACCAUCCAGGACAUGGUGACCAUUGAGGACUUUGAUGUGACUGCCUGCUUCCACCACAGUAACUCAAUGGAGUCGGUCAAGUCCACUGUGUCUGAAUCUUUCAUGAGCAAACCCAGCCUGGCCAAGAGACGAGCCAACCAGCAGGAGACAGAACAGUUCUACUUCACGAAACUGAAGGAGUUUCUGGAGGGCAGGAACCUCAUCACCAAAUUACAGGCUAAACAUGAUCUGAUCCAAAAGACUCUGGGAGAAAGUCAGAAGACCGACUACUGCCUUGCCAGCGGACGGAGGAACUCCACUGUUUGGAAACAGGAGUCCAGCCAAAUCAUUCCCCUGAUGGUGGAGAGUUGUAUUCGCUUCAUCAGUCGACACGGUCUCCAUCAUGAGGGCAUUUUCAGGGUGUCCGGCUCUCAAGUGGAAGUCAAUGAUAUUAAGAACGCCUUUGAAAGAGGUGAGGACCCGCUGGCUGGGGACCAAAACGAUCAUGAUAUGGACUCCAUUGCUGGAGUGUUAAAGCUCUACUUCAGAGGCCUGGAGAACGCCCUCUUUCCUAAGGAAGUCUUCCAUGACCUAAUGUCCUGUGUCUCCAUGGAGAACCUCCAGGACAGAGCUGUCCACAUCUGCAAAGUCCUGCUGUCUCUACCCAGCAACAUCCUGGUUAUCAUGCGAUACCUGUUCGCUUUCCUCAGCCAUCUGUCCCAGUACAGUGAUGAUAACAUGAUGGACCCCUACAACCUGGCUAUCUGCUUCGGCCCCACACUCAUGUCUGUGCCUGAGGGCCACGACCAAGUCUCCUGCCAGGCACAUGUGAACGAGCUCAUCAAAACCAUUAUUAUACAUCACGAGACCAUCUUUCCAGGGCCCCGUGAGCUGGAGGGGCCCAUCUAUGACCGUGGAGGAGCCGCUGAGGAAUACUGUGAUAGUCCACACAUUGAGCCCCACCUAGUGGAUGAACCUGCACCUGACGCUGCCUCUGAAAUCCACAACAGCGAUGAUGUAAAGUCAGGGUCCUUGAACGUUUCAGAGUCUGACCCCAUUGAGGCCAUCGCACGUUUUGACUACUCUGGACGCACCAAUCGUGAGCUUUCCUUUAAGAAGGGGGCGUCUUUGCUGCUGUACCACCGUGCAUCUGAGGAUUGGUGGGAGGGUCGCCACAACGGCACUGAGGGACUGGUGCCGCACCAGUACAUAGUAGUGCAAGACAUGCCGGAUGGAUAUGCAGGCAGAGGAAGUCCCAAAGCUGACCUAGAAGCUUCCCAUGAUGCUGCGGAAGAGAAGGUGUCCACCAGAGCCAGUGCCAGCUCACCCACUGGAGGUCAUGUAGCUGAUAUCUACCUAGCUAACCUCAACAAGAUGAGGAAACGGCCAGAAGCGCCCAGCAUCCGAAGAACAAUCCGGCCAGUGGAGGGACUAGGUGAGGGCUCAUCCGGAGCAGCAGGGGGUUUAAAGACCUCGUCCAUGCCGGCAAGUGGACUGGCCAAGGAAGGGACAGACAAGCGACCGGUCAGUGCUCACAGCGUCCUAAACUCCAUCACCCGACACUCCUCUCUGAAAACUAAGAUAGAAGGUCCUCAGCUCCGCAAGUCCACGCCUGCAGGGCGAUCCAAGAGUUUCAGCAAUCACAGACCACUGGACCCAGAGGUCAUCACUCAGGUGGAGCACAGCUCACAGGUACGACAAACCCAGAAUCUGCUCAUUUAAUUCAGCGUGACACUGCUUUGAUUGCUUUAAAAGUAUUAUUUAAAUUCAGAAAUAUUCAGACACUGUCAGUUUAUACAAACUUACAAUGAAUAAGAAUGGCACACGUGUAAACAGACAAUCCAUUUUCCACUCCGAAAAAUAGUGCUGAGCUCUUCAGAGGAGUGUCUGUGUUUUUUAGAACAUCCUAUUUAUCUUUCUUUGAGCUGUAAUUUCACAGCUGGAUAAAGGUCCAGAAUCGAUCCCGGCUGUGGUUGUAUGUAAUUGAGUUGGAGUUCCUGCAGUCCAGUCAUUAUGAGUGUGUACUUGCUGCACAACAGAUAUCAGAAGCGAGUGACCUUAGCUAAAGCCAAAGCUACGGAUG